UUCCUAUGUUGGCUCCAGUGCGAGGAGUGAAGUCGGUUUAGUUCCUGGUGUGGGUCCUGGUGGAACUUGGCGAUCAUGGACAUUGAAGCAUAUUUUGAAAGAAUUGGUUAUAAGAAGUCCAGGAGCAAAUUGGACCUGGAAACAUUAACUGACAUUCUUCAGCACCAGAUCUGGACCAUUCCCUUCGAGAACCUUAACAUCCAUUGUGGGAAGCCCAUGGAACUGGGCUUGGAGGCCACUUUUGAUCAAGUGGUGAGGAGGAAGCGGGGUGGGUGGUGCCUCCAGGUCAAUCACCUUCUGUACUGGGCUCUGACCACCAUGGGUUUCCAGACCACGAUGUUGGGAGGCUACGUGUACAACCCUCCAGACAACAAGUAUAGCAGUGCUAUGAUGCACCUUCUGCUGAAGGUCACCGUGGAUGGCAGACACUACAUAGUUGAUGCUGGGUUUGGACGCUCUUACCAGAUGUGGCAACCUCUGGAGCUAAUUUCCGGGAAGGAUCAGCCUCAGGUGCCUUGCAUCUUCCGCUUGACCGAAGAGAGAGGAACCUGGUUCCUGGACCAAAUCAGAAGAGAGCAGUACAUUCCAAAUCAAGAAUUUCUUAAUUCUGAUCUCCUGGAAAAGAAGAAGUACCAAAAGCUCUACUCCUUUACUCUCGAGCCUCGAACAAUUGAAGAUUUUGAGUCUGUGAAUGAAUACCUUCAGACGUCUCCAGCGUCUGUGCUUACAAGCAAGUCGUUUUGUUCCUUGCAGACCCCAGAGGGGGUUCACUGUUUAGUGGGCUUCACCCUUACCUCUAGAAAAUUCAAUUAUAAGGACAAUGUGGAUUUGGUGGAGUUUAAGACACUGAAUGAAGAAGAAAUAGGAGAAGAGCUGAAAAAUAUAUUUAAUAUUUCCUUGGAGGGAAAUCUUGUGCCCAAACAUGGUGAUAAAUUUUUCACCAUUUAGAGUAAUCAGUAGAGAUGAUCUUCAGUAUUGGGUAUUAUAUAGUGAAACUUAUUAUAGAAAUCAACUAUAUAUAAAAGUAGAGAGAAUAAAAUAAUUAACCUCUAGGAUCACCGAUUGUACCAACUUUCCACUGGUAAACCUAUCUCUCAUAUUUUCUCAAUGACCCUAUGAGAUAUUAAAGCAAAUUCUACAUAUUAAAUCAUUUCAACCUUUAAAAAAGCAGCAUGUGUAUUUAG